UUUGGGGCAGCAGGAGGGAGCGGUAACUGUAACCGGGCCUGGGACAGGAAGCUCCCAAAUGUAGCUAGCAGUCCACCGCCCCCAGUUCUGAGAAACGGCCGCCGGCCUCCAUCCGAGCAGCCCCUGGCGCUAGUCCCCGGCUUCUCUGCAUCCCGCAUCCCCAUCUUUCAGAUCCUUGGGGAGGGGAAGGAGUUCCGUCCCGAAGGGCAGCUCCGUCUCUUGUGUAACAAAACUCCCCGCCUGCGCUUUAGUUUUCUCCGCUUUCCGGGGGGAAGGGGGUCCUGUCUGCUUUUCCUUAGGGACUGUCAUAUGGCUGAGACUAGAUGACAGGGGUGUGUGUGUGUGUGUGUGUGUGUGUCGGGGAGGACUUCCACUAUCCAAAUAGGACGUUUUGUCCGGGGGAGGAGGGGCUAAAGGGAGCCGGGGAACCGGGGGAACGGGCUUCUGGGAAGCGACCCCAGAAGAGGGAUGGGGAUCUUUGCCCUGAAGCCGGAGAUUCUCAGGGUCAGAUACCCUGAGACUGUUAGAUGAAGCGUUAUGGGUUAGAUCAGAGAAUGGAGUGUUGAUGUCGGAGUCCAAUUCGCCCUCUAAUUUUCCAGAUGGGCGAUGUGAAAUCCAGAGGGGAGGGGUACCUGGGGGCAGAUGGGGAGAGAGGAUGCCAGAGUCAGGUGGUUUAAGGAAGAGGGGGGGUCCCUUUUGAAAACUCCAGGCUUCCAGGGCAUACAGUUUUGUCCUCCUCAGCUUCAACCCCUUCCAGAGAAGAUCUUUGUCACUUUCCCUCCCUCCUCUCUCUGCCUCUGCCUGUGUUGGGGUCCCCCUCUCCCUCUCUGUCCUCAUUUUAGGAACAUAGGACUCAGACCAUCAGGUUAGCCAAUUUCUCUUCCUCUCUCCAUCCCUAGUUUUGUCCUUGUAUCUAUUUCUCCAUCUCCUUCCAUUAACCUAAGCCUCUCUCCAUCCAGUUCAAUCUAAUCAUCAGGAAUUAAGUUUAAGACAAAGGAGAGAGCAAGCUGAAAUAAAUCAUCCUUGUUCAAGUAACUGACAUUUUUCCUUUCUCGAAUCUCUUUUCCCAUGAGCUUCUCGCCAUCUCUAACCUUAUUUCUCUCCAUCUCUCUGGAAUUGAAUCUUUCAAACUAGCCUCUCUGAUAAGAGGGCUGAUGAGUGCUUUUCAGGGUUUCUCAUGCACCUUUGCUCACCUGUGGCUCGGAACCUGCGUCAUGACCACGCCCGCCAAAAGUGGCUCGGCAGAGGGGCUAACCCGGUCUGAGGAUAACCUACCGGUCUCCAGCCCAAGGACGCUAGGAGAGGGGUCUACCCCAAGCAUGUGAGGACUGCCUCUGGCAGAAUGGACGGAGGAGAACAAUUCGUUCCCACAGCCUCAAAGGCGGCUGGAGCCAUCAAAGAUGCUGCAUCCCUAAUCAUUGGAGGGUCCUGACUUUGAUGGACUUUGACGAUUCAGGAAGAGAAACUGAGGCUAAUGACUUUGUGCAGCUCUGCCUCACUUCAUUUCACCCUGUGAUUCACAUCUCUGAAAAUGGAGGAACAACAUCUUUUAAAGUACGGUCUCUUUUUUCUCCCUUUUAAGACCAUAAAUUUAGGGCCAGAAAGAACCUUAGCCACCAUCUCUCCCCAUUUUCUUAUUUUACAAACAAUCCUAGGGAAGCGAUUUGUCUCCCUUCGGUCUUUUUAUCUCUGGAUGUCUCACCUUCCAUCCCUUUCUCUGUCUCCAUGUGUUUUAUUAUUGUUAUUUUCUUACUCCAGCUUUUCAUUUUUCUCUGAAUUUCUCACCACCUGUAUUUUGGUCCCUUUGUUACCCUUACCCAAACCUAAAGCUAAGUUACUUUCCUGUCUAUGUGUGUUGACCUGAUCUCUUCUUUCUCUUUCUUUCUCUUUCCAUUCCUAUCUCCCAUCUUUCUGUUCUGCCCUGUUUCCUUCCUCUCCAGACCUUUUCUCCGGCUCACUCCCGUUUUUCACUAUUUGCUCACACCAGCCAUCUUGGAAGAUGGAGGGCUGUUUUUCCCUUUCUUUGUAUCCCCAGCUCUAAGCUCAGUGCUUCACAAAUGCUUGUGGAUUGACUGAUAGACGUUUCCUGGAAGUAAAACCCAGAGUUGGAUCAUUGAGUAGCCUUCAGUAUUGAAUGUAGUGGGGCCGGAAGCAUCAGAACCAGCAGCCUGAGACUGAACCCCCAAACUGACUGAAGGCCAGUAUUUGUCUUUGAGCACACCAUGAGGGUGGUGAUCUUAUCUCCCGGGCUCACCAGCUUGCCCCAGAUUGGCUGGAUUGGGGCUGUCCAGCUUAAGGGAAACCCCCAACCCCCCCUCCCCCUUUUGGGGAGCAGGGGAGCCUGAAAUUGACAUGGAUGGAAAAGCUCAAAAGAGGAGGGGCAAACCCAGGGAGGCGGCCCCAGUCUGCUAUGAUCGCCUUUGAUUGGCUUAGGAGAGUCAGAUUCAAGUAAACAAAGCUGGUGAAUUUCUUAUGGGUUUGAUAACCUUGUUUUCUUCACUAAAAGUGUGUUUAUGUGGGGAGCAAGGGGAGCGAGGGAGGGAGUACUCAGCUUUAUUCUGCCUCGAUUCUUCCCAGUAGAAAAAGGGGGGAGGGGAAAACAGCCAACCGCUCCCCCAGCACAAACUUUUGCUCUUCUCCCCAUAACUUGCCACCCCCCUAUAAUGAAAGGAAACCCCAACAUCACAGGAUUUUGCAGAAUCCACCCAUUGACAGGGGACAGAGCAGCAGAACCCCUCCCGCAGGAGAAUUAACAGAAGCCCUGCUGGUUUUAGGGCAGACCUGGUCCCUCUCUGAGGCUGUUUGCCCUUCUCCUAAGAUAACUGAGUGGGACUGGGAGGUCUCCCCCCAUUUCCCCCUCCUGUGGUUCCGUGGGCUUGUGCCAUCCCUUGGAGCCCUGGCCUUGGCUUCCAAGCGCGUUCUGUGACUGGCCGAAUCCUUUCUCUUACUAGAGACUGUUACCUCUCACAGUAAAUGAGAUGGUGGGAACAGCCCAACCCAGAGAGGGCAAGUGAUUUGCUGGAGGUCCAUCCCCUAGCAGGCUGGUGGUGGAGCAAGAGCUGAAACACAGGCCUUCCCCACCAGAUCUGCUCCCUGCAGGGGGUAGCAGUGGGGGCAGAGGAAGAGAGUGGGCCCUUUAAAUUGGAAGCCCCACCUUUGCCUUUAGAGGUCUCAAGCACUUUAUAAAAGCCCCCCGCCCGCCCUGCUCCCAACUCCUCUGCUCCAGAAGUGGAGGAGCUCCUGCCCCGACCCUCUCCUCACAGGCUGGCCUCCACGCCCUCCACGGCCUGCCUUCCCCAUCAGGCACCCAUGCAGCUGCCGGCCCCUUUCGAUAUGUGGAGAGACUAUCUGAACCUGAACAAGAUCCUGUGGGAGGUGAUCUCGGGCCAGGGGGCUUCUGGGGGCAGGGAGAGGUCCUGCCCGGAGGCCCAGGCCAGGCAGGAGAGGCAGGCGGCACCCAAGGGGCCGGGGGACUCGGCACGCCUCUGCAACUUCUGCAAACACAACGGGGAGUCGCGCCACGUGUACACCUCGCACCUGCUGAAGACUCCUGAGGGCGUGGUGGUCUGCCCCAUCCUUCGCCAUUACGUGUGCCCGCUGUGUGGCGCCACGGGGGGCCUGGCCCACACCCUCAAGUACUGCCCCCUCAAUGGCGGCCAGCAGUCCCUGUACCGGCGGAGCGGACGGAACUCGGCCGGGAGAAAGGUCAAGCGGUGAGGGAGCAUCUGGACCUCGGCUUCUGGACCCCCUCCUCUGGACCUCUCCAGGACUUCCUGGGCCCUGCCCCAUCCCAGGGAUGCCUCCCUCCCUGGGCCUUCCUCCACUCCUAAUUGUCCCAAACUCGGGGAAUCCCCAGCCCCCGAGACCUCCCAUCCCAAGCGACCUCCUCCCAGGGAACCCUCAGCCCCAGGCCGUCCCCCAUUCCCCAGGGGCUGGUCCCCUCUGAUAUCUCCAAGACCUUCCUUAGGCCCCCCUCUUCCCAGUUCGCUCUAUCCUGGGGAAUCUUCAGUUCCAGGACUCCCCCAUUCCUGGAUCGCCCUGACUCACCCCCCCCCCCCGGCACACCCAGCUCCAGGAUGUGUCAGCAUCUGGAACCCUCCCCUUGCACCUUGUCUCAGUCCUGGAAAACCCUCCCCCAGGACCUUCCCUCCCCCUGCCAACCUCCAACUUCCCCAGACAUGGGGGAGCUCCUGAGGAGUCCACAGACACCAAGACUGCACCAGGGGCUCUCUGCCUCCCUCCCCGGCGCUGCCUCAGACAUCGCCUUUGGCUUCUGUCUCAGCCUUGAAGGUGGAACCCUUCAGAACGGCUCCUCGCCUCGGGACUCCCCACGGUUGGUUCCUGUGAAGAUCCCCAGAUGCUGCUUCUCUUUGCGGGGCCCUUUGAGUUCCAGGGGGUGACCAGCCCCUGGAGACGAUGGCGGAGGGGCUUCCUCAGUCUCUCUCUUCACUGCUGUCCUUUCCCCCAGCUCCAGAAAAAUAGCUUGGGGUGGGCUCGGGGAGGUUACGUUUGCUUAUACUGUUCUUAUGCACCUGUUAUACAACCGUUGGUUCCUGCAGCCCCCCCCCUCUUGUGAUCUGGACCCCAGACCACUCAGUGGGCAGUUCUGUCCCCCUGAAAACCCCUCUCAUCACCUGCAAAACUCUGUUCGAAGGGGAGACUGGGCCAGCUCCCUAAAGUGUUUUGAAGUCUUUGAGGAAGGAGGUUGGGUCAGUGUGUGCUGGGGUGGAAAGAAGGGGGCCUGCUGAAGACCCAAAAGGUCCUUGAGCUCGUUUUGUAGGGAAAGGGGGGCUAAAAUAAGCAGAAUUCAUGUCGUUGGCUCUUGUUCAGGGCUACAAUAAAGGACUAGAGUAGUUAAACUUCUUUCUCGCUGUGUUUUUCUGGAGGGGCUAAGGGGAGAAUACACCUGUCCCCACCUACAACCAGGGCACCCCAAUCACCCCAGUCUGUUCUCCUUCCUCAAUGGCUCCAUCCUCCCCAAAUCCCGGUCUCCUUAUCUUGGGUCUCUAAUUUUCCACCCUCAUCCCAGACCACAAAUGCCAAUCUUCCCACUCUCCCAAGUGGGAAGACACUCAGACAUGGCGCCAGGACUCCCAGAGUUCAAAGGGACAGCUCUGUGCAUGCCACCUCAGAAAUCCCACCACAGCAGGUCAGGGCUCCCUAAACUUUGGCUUGAGAAUUUCAGGGAGAAGCUGCCCGUCUACUUACGGUUAAAUGCGGCGGUUGGGAGCUAUUUCUGGCCAUCAAACCACAAUCUGUGUCUUGCCAAGUCCGGCCAUUAUUUCUGGUUUUCUGCCCUUCCA